AUGUCGCAGUCCAAGGUCUCUUCAUGGCGGCCACUCAACGUCGAAUACGAGCAGGAGGCCGAAGAUGAGGUCGACGACACCCAGGAAAUCCAAAUCGAAGAAGCUCUCAAGCUCUACCAGACCGCCCUAAAGUACCAUUCCGAAGGACCCGAAUCUUUCGACAAGACUGCUGCAGCCUACCGCGAGCUGUUCGCAUCCGAGAUCUUCAAAUACAAUGAAUCCCUGUCUGAGUAUCAACGACAUGAGGCCUUUGGCGAGAGCUUGGUCUUCGACUCUAUACUAGAGGAAGAUUUCGAGGCAGGGCCUGCGCAAACCACCGGCGCGGCCGAUUCUGCUCCCAAUACCCUCCCGCAGAUAUUACAUCUAUCGUACAAGAAUCAUGGCCAGUUUCUGCUCGAGUCGAUGCAGUACUGGGUCAGCCAGCAUGGCGCCAUACCGCAAAUGGAGGGCUGGAACAACAUUCGCGGAGCCUUGAACUACUUUUCAGAAGCUCUGGACAAGGAAGAUACGGACCUGGACCUGUGGCUACGCGCUGCGUCGGUCUCUGCGAUGCUCGGCAGCAAGCGCUUGACGCGUUACUGCUUGGAAGCCGUCCUGGACGGAAAUGAUGAGCUGUGGGAAAAUCUCCUGCGGCUCCCCGGACUGGAAGAGGGCUUCGCUGGCCACCAACUACGCGAGCUCGUGGAGCGCUUGGAAGACAACGUAUCCCUGAUGCAGGCGCCACUGUCUUCAAUGAAGCGCAAGAAGCUGUCCGACACGAUCAAGAAACGCUUGAAUCCCUUCUCAUUCGCGCCUCUUCCAGCCGAUGUCGCCCAUGCCGAUGUGCGACCGAUGCUCACCCAACCGGCUCAGCGCGUCGUGUUGACUCCAACGAAGUGGGACUGGGCAGGUUUGGGUGAAACUAUCUUGCAGCAGUUCAUGGCAGAGUCUCAGGGCAUAGCCACCAACAUGGCUUCGGGAUCGAGCAUAAAUUUCAAUAUCCCGCCAGAUGAUCUGACACCUGAACCUAUCGAGCUGGAGCCAGCAGCGGCGGUAAUCACCCCGUCCUCACUCCUUGAGGCUGCAGAAGGGGUAGAAGUUGCUGGUGCAGUAGAUGUGGCAGCCAAACGGGAGAAGUCAGCGGAAGACGACAUCGACAAGAGCAUCGUGCAGGCACAGGAGGGUGCACCCGAGACUAAAGAUGCGGCAUCUUCGUCUGCCAUCGCACUGGACGCCGUGCCGGCUCCAUCGCGAAAGCGCUCCACCGAUUCUGCUGGCCUGCCCGAGACUGCUGAUGGCGCUCGCUCUAGAAGUAAACGUAUCCGAGCUCGUGACACAAUCACUGAACCAAGUGCUGGAGGUGAUGCUGUCGCGCAGGAGGCGAACAAGCAGCUGGACGAGCAGCUCGAGCAAUACACUCACGCUGACCAAUGCCUGUACGAGAUCGUUAAGGACAUCUACGCACGGUUAGGCGUCGAGGACGUUCAGGAUCCUACCAACUUGCGGGGUCUCCUUGCAAAUCUUCCGCCGCCUCCAUCAUGCAGUGCGUUUGACAAAGCAGCCUGCGACAUGUUCUCGGCCCUUCAAAGUGGAAACGGCAAAGCAGCACAGAUUUUGCUCAGCAACGAAUCCUUCGAUCUAGUCGGAGUCACGCGUGAGGCCGGUCUGAAUGCCUUCCUCGGCUAUGCAAAAGCUGGCACCGGUCAGACUUCCAGUAAACCGCCUCUAGAGAAUCAAAAGCUAGGGACGUUCGCUCGCAUCGUGAACGAAGGGUGGCUUUCUACCAAAGAAGUAGCAUUCGCCUGGGUAGAAUUUCUCCUCUCUUGCGACCGAUUUCCAGCGCAAGAAGUCGAAGACCAUAAAGUGGCUCCAUCGAGCUACAUGCAGUUCAAAUGGAGUGACGAACUGAAACGUAAUUUAGUUCAGAUCAUUGUGAACUUGGAUGAUUACAUACACGAAUGUAUGCUAGAGCGGAUCGCCAGCCUCAAUACCCGCAUACUCGCGGAAGAACAUCAGUCUUGCACAUACAAUUUCACAACUUUCGAUGAGUCGCAGGCCGAGAUUAUAGAAACUCUAUUCGAACUGCAUCUGGACAUCUACUCCCUGAUCAAGCACCCUCACAGUCAGGUUGACAGUGCAACUCAGAUCCUGCAGAGCGAUCGUUUAGAGCGGUGGUCAACACUUGCACGAGAGAUUGUGCAACUCCGUUCUGCAUGCCGCUCCAACUUGAACAUGGAUGAUCUCAACAUGCGACACAUCUGGGCUUCGGUGUUCCAAAUGAGCGUCAACGAUGACAUACCUCCGGAGCACGUUGUCUCCGCUAUUGCGGAGCUGAAGGCCAUCCUUGACGCGCAAGGUGAUCGUACGAUCCAAGUCCAAAACAACGCGAUCAUGCCGGAGAUGUGUAUCGCCGCGGUAGAACGCGAAUUAGUCCGUAUCAGCAUGAAAGACUUUUUCCUGAAAGUCUUCGACCAUGAUGAGAAAGAUCCUGUGACUGUUAUUGAAAGCUUGGAGCCGAUACUGGAGGAAAACCACGAGCAGAACACGCCAGCGGAGGCUACAACCGAGUCCAAUGAUCCAGAUGGUGAUGCAGCAAGCUCCUCGACUUUAAGCAAUGGCACAAACGAGCAGACGGCAGUGCUGACUGAUCAGCCUUCGCCUAUCGUUGAAAUGCGGAAGUUUCUGGAUGCAGCCAACGUGAAUGUACGUGUGUCGCUGUGGCACCGGCUGCGGGAAGCAUACGAAGCGAUAGAGUACUCACCAAAGGUCUUAUCGUGUUAUCUGCGAAUCAUUGAAACCUUCGUGACGGAUUUCAAAUCGACCAACUUCCAGGAGCUAUCGGAUGUCGAGCGGCAGGUCAAGCUUUUGACACGAUUUCGCGUUAUCGAUGACCUGAUUACAAAAACUCUACAGAUCAUCAAAGACGACAAGUCUGCAUUUGAUUGUCUCUCCUAUGAGCAUGUGCAGUCCUCGAUGGCCUCUAUCGUGCAGCUCUUGCAUAUUCUGUCUGCCGCAGACAUGUUCAGAGACAUGAUCCGUAUUGGCCAUGUUGCGAUGCCCCGGGUUGAAGCUCUUCCUGCCCAGGCCUUUGUGAACAUGUCAACCAAACUGGACGAUAUGCACAUUCGACUCUGGAUGGUGCAGUAUCACCUGCUCAAAGAAGCAUUGUCACAGAAUGCCGAGAACUUCCCUACUCCUUCAGAGGACUUGUUCGAAUUCUUGAGACAUGUACACCACGCCACUGGCGUUCGCCGCUUUUGCCAUCAGUCCAGCCGUCAUUUCUUACGUCUCGCAAAAGACGAGAUGCUCCGUCUUGACGAUGUCAUCGAUGCGAAUAGCCGCGAUACAGAGCUCUGCCAGGUGCUGCACGAUCUGUACGGUCUCAAACUAUUCAUUGAGCCUCUCGAGUGCCAAGAUUUUUCCUCCACUCCGGACAUCCUCGACAAGAAGACUGCAUUCGGCAUCUUGCCCUUCGUCAUGUCACAGGUUAAGAAAGUGGAUCUCAAGGAUCUACCAAAGACCGAGCUCAGAGGCACAAUCGACAAGGUUCACGCGGCUCUUGGUAGACCCAAGCAACACAAAGACCUAUCUUUUAACCACAAGCUCAUCACAGCCUGGUUCAAAUCACCAAUUCAUCCAGCCUCCUUGCUUAAUUGUUUGAAAGGCGUUGGCUCGCUUUCUGCAAAGCAUGUUCCAGCUGAAGAAGCUGUGGCUGCAUCGAUGGGCUGGUAUUAUCUCAUGGGCGACAUCAGCCUGAGCAAGUUUCGUUCGCAGAAGCGAAUGACGCAAGGUCCAACUGAAGACCUCAGCUAUGCGCAAGCAUUUUUUAUUCAAGACCUCGAGUAUUCUACCGAUCGCUGGGAAACAUGGUACCGUCUUGCACAGGUCAACGAUCUGCAGCUCGAAGAGGUAGUCUCGUGGACUGCAGACAAGAUCAAUAGUGGUAGUAUCGAAUUGAUCAACCACCAGCGUGGCGCCAUCAACUGCUAUACUAUGGCAGUAGCAUGUGCCGUCCGCGAGGCCGAUGCCCAAUCUCAAAGCCGAGUUGGGCAAAUGUAUACCGAGUUUGCAAACCGCAUGUAUGCCUCAUCUCGGGAGCCUUUCAGUAUGGAAGCAUUCCAAUUCAGGGAAAACGAAAAGAAGUUCUGCAAUCCGCAGUACCAGACUGGGGUGAUAAAAGAGCCCAUGUUUCAACCCCUGUAUUUGUACACCGCCUGGAAAAUUGCGAAUACACUUUACAAGCGAGCGAUCCAGGAAAACCCCAACAAGUGGUGGAACUACUACAUGCUUGGAAAAUGUAGUUGGAAGAUGUGGAGUACAAACGAGGACGACAAGAACUACACGGCCGCCAUUGGGGCGCCUCCCUCUACCAAUCGCGUGCAGCCAACAUGGGUCUCAGUCACCGACGCCAUCAUCAACGCUAUUGACACAUUGCCCAACAAGAAGGGACGUAGCAGUGAGCCUAUUCUGGAACCGCACUAUAAGCUUGUCUCCAUUGCACACAAGCUCUUUCAAAAACGAGCAAUCGACCAUGUGAAAGGGGUAGAGCUGUUAUCACACACGUCCUUUUCGAAGAAUGUCGCUCCACCUGAGAACGCAGAGGGUUGGGAGCGCUACAUCCUUGCAGUACUGAAGUCCUUGCGCUCAGCCGACAAAUCGAGCUGGCACCAUCGCAUUAUAUCUCGAUCAGCACAUAUUAUCUUCGACGAAGGCAAAGAUAGCAUGAUGGCCCAUGGCGCAAAGCACGAGCUGACGCAGCAGAUGUUCACUAAGACAAUGGCCGUACAAGUUUGGAAGCCCGAAAACGAGCGACCUGGCAGGCAUUUCGUGUAUACUACCCGCUACACCAGAUUCUUCGUUGACCUUCUAGACUUGACGGGAGACAAGGCCAACUUCGAAGCUCUAGCGAAGCGAGUGCGGAGGAAGACUGCUGACUUUUUCGAACACUCAAAACUGUGGCAAGAUCUGUGUAUGCGGUACCUGAAGAUGCUGCGAAAGUUGGGUAACAUUCCUGAGGGCCAGGAAGACUCUGCGUUCAAGUCGGUCAACCAGGAGGAGUUUAACACCCUCGCUUUACGGAUGGAGGCUUGGUGCCAGAACCCGCUCACCCAACAUCCAGUGUUGGACAUUCUGCGCGACGCCAUCGAACUCAAGCGCCUCAAUAACGGCCUCAUGAAGCCACUACAGAUCGAUGAUCUCAUUGGGGAUACUUACGCACUGUUGUAUACGACUAUUGGCCCCAGCCUACCACCUCUGCCGUCAGAGCAACAGCAACAACAACUUGUGCCAUCCACGCAGCCUUUCAUCGCACAACACGGCGGUGCUUUACCGAUAUCAUCAUUGAUGCAAGUACAGGUAGACGGGGCUGGGGAUCGCACGAACCAGACUCCAUUCGCAAUCUAUCAUCCGAGCCAGCUUCUAGGUCCACAAAUGCAGGCUCCACAACCCGAGCCAGUCGUGAAGCCACGAGCAAAGGCUGUCGGACGCAGAGAGAUUGGUCGCAGGGCAGAGGCAUGUGUACAGAAACCCGUCACCAGCGCUGCUGCCUCUCAAUCCACUGCUAUGCCCAUUCGGUCGCCGCCUCCUCUCAACGCCACUAUACCCACCUUCUCCCCACGCAACUUGUCGCCAGACAAGUCAGCCCAGCCGACUACAACUCCAGCUGAGCAACCCGACCUCUCUUUCGACCAAAGCGGCUCGGCCACCGCAGCAGCAAGCGUCAACAACGACGACCAAGAGCCCGAGGUCAGCGCUCCACCCUCUGCCCACUACGACGACGCAGACGAUGAGUCCGAACUCAGUGAGCUCGACGAAGAGGAAGUCCAAGAAAUCGAGCAAGAAAUUAUAGCGCCCCGACGCUCAGUAUCCAUCGCGGCAAAACCCAUGUUCCCAAACCUGUUCGCCGAGCGCAAGAGCACCGAGAAACAGGCUGAAGGCAAUGAUGUCAGCGAUACUAUCCACGUCCAGCGACCUGGUGCGAAAGGCAAGGAAGCUGGGAAUGGAGACAAGAUGGAUGUAGAAUAG